AGUGAGAGAGUUCUAGUGAUUUCUUGAUCAGUUGUUUGUUCUUAAUUCCGAAUUCCACGGCACUAUUUGCAGCUGAGCAGAAGAUAGAUCUCACAAGAGGGUCAUAAUCAUUACGGCAGAGGUUUGUUAUUUUGCCUCCUGGAUUUUCAAGGCGCCAUGUCUCAUUGCAUGCGCUGCAAUAAACUAACAAUCGAGCUUGAGGUGGCACAAAAAACGAUCAGCAUACUGAACGAUGCAUACGAUGAGUUGAACAAAAAAUAUGUAUCUCUCCUAGAAAUGACCAAACAUGACAAUAGGAACAAUGAGCGAAUCGAAACAAUAGAAACAGUAAAGGAGCAAGUGCCCCAAGAACACCCACCGCAAUAUACUUUGGCGCCGGUGGAUUCGCUGGAAGACUUGAAGCGUUUAGAGGCAUCUGCUUCCUCCGAGGAGUUCGUGAGAAUCAUACGAUCAGAUUUCGCCAAGAAACACGAAGAUCUGCCACGGGGUAACGGCGACAGCAUAAGUUAUCAGGUGGUCGAUCUAUUUUUCACGCGAGCAUUUCUGACCAUGUGUUCCUGGACUGGUACAAUGAAACAUGGACCAGGGGAGGAAACCAGACACUCAAAAAUCCCAAUGGUUUCAUUCACAAACACAAUACAACUGUUUUACCAUGUUGUCAACGAUGUAGAUCCGAGUUACACUCUGGAAAAGACGGAAAACUUUCUCAAAAAAUGUUGCAGGCAUGCUAUACAGCGGUUGAAACAUAAACGAUUGAGAAAAUCGGUCGCCAAGCCAAGAGGAAAGAAAAAUACCAACAAACACGCGACCCAGUCCCAACAUCGGUGCAAACCGUCGGCAGUUACUUCAAUCGAACCACCGGGCGAAGUACCACAAAACGGUGUACUCUUGCCACAAUGCGAAAUUCCGCAAAACCAUCUAAUUCAUCCACACAUCGAAGCAUCGGAAAGCAAUAUGAUACAUAUUAGCUUCUCCGUGCUGCCAUAGCAAGAUCCAACGUAGCCGCAGCGUGUUCAGAGGAAUUUUUCCUUGUAUGCGGUCGUAUAUGACCGGCAUAAAUGAACUGCCUUACUUAUGAUGAUCUCAUCUCAGUAGUACUUAGGGAAAAUCAACGAUAUCUUUAUUGAAUUAGAUAGUUCUUGUAUCAAGUUGUCUCCUACUUGUACUAAAACACGUGCCUGAUCUCCAACUGCCUGAACUGAA